UCUGUAGCAAUUGAAUCGUAGGCACUUCCAUUAGCGCCAUCUUUGAAUUGAGAAUACCGGCUAAGUUUUAGCGUAUAUAAACUGAUGUGUUAAUUUCCAGAUCAACGUUGUUUAUACUUUUAUUGGGCCCGAGAUGUCUGUUAUUGGGAGUAUGUUAAGUGUUGGUGGUACAAAAACUUCAGGCGAAUCUGUCAGAACUCAAAAUGUGAUGGCAGCAUGUGCCAUAUCAAACAUAGUAAAGAGCUCGUUAGGGCCAGUUGGAUUGGACAAAAUGCUUGUAGAUGAUGUAGGGGAUGUCACAGUAACGAAUGAUGGAGCGACUAUACUAAAGCUUCUUGAAGUGGAACAUCCAGCAGCUACAGUCCUAGUGGAACUUGCACAACUUCAAGAUGAGGAAGUUGGUGAUGGAACAACAUCUGUGGUUAUCAUAGCAGCUGAACUUUUGAAAAAUGCUGAUGAGUUAGUUAAGUGUAAGAUUCACCCUACUUCUAUCAUUAGUGGCUACCGGCUUGCUUGCAAGGAAGCCUGUAAAUAUAUACAAGAACAUCUUACUAUAAAUGUGGAUGAAUUGGGCCGAGAAUGUAUGGUGAAUGUAGCCAAAACAGCAAUGUCGUCAAAACUUAUUGGAUCAGAUGCAGACUUUUUUGCUAACAUGGUUGUUGAUGCAGCAACAGCCAUUAAACUCUCGGAUGGUAAAGGUGGUUUCAGGUAUCCAAUUAAAGCUGUGAACAUUCUGAAGGCUCAUGGACGGAGUACAAGAGAAAGCAUCUUAGUCCAUGGUUAUGCUUUAAAUUGUACUGUGGCUUCUCAAGCUAUGCCGAAGAAGGUUACUGGAGCUAAAGUAGCUUGUUUAGAUUUUGGCCUUCAGAAGGUGAAGUUACACCUUGGCAUUCACGUGUUGAUAACAGACCCAGGCAAAUUAGAAGCUAUCAGAAAAAGGGAGAGUGAUAUUAUCAAGGAAAGAAUAGAAAAGAUUUUGGCUGCGGGAGCUAAUGUCAUUUUAACCUCUGGAGGAAUUGAUGACUUGUGUUUAAAGUAUUUUGUUGAAUGUGGAGCCAUGGCAGUUCGUAGGGUUAAAAAGAUUGAUCUGAAGAGAAUAGCCAAAGCUACUGGAGCUCAUCUACUGCAGUCUUUAGCAAACAUGGAUGGUGAGGAGACUUUUGAUGCUACAAUGUUGGGUGAAGCUGAGGAGGUUGUGCUAGAGAGGAUCUGUGAUGAUGAACUAAUUCUUUUAAAAGGACCAAAAGCUCACACUGCUAGUUCCAUCAUUUUAAGAGGAGCAAAUGAUAUUUUUGUGGAUGAGAUGGAAAGAUCCAUUCAUGAUUCCCUGUGUGUUGUGAAGCAUGUGAUGGAGUCGAAGAGUGUUGUUCCCGGUGGAGGAGCUGUCGAGACAGCUUUGUCAAUUUUUCUAGAAAACUUUGCUACAUCUUUAAGUUCCCGAGAACAGCUAGCAAUAGCUGAGUAUGCUAAGUCUCUGCUAGUUAUUCCUAAAACUCUGACAGUUAAUGCUGCUAAAGAUGCUACGGAUCUAGUGGCAAAACUACGAGCCUAUCAUAACAGCAGUCAAACAAAAAGUGAACACACUCACUUAAAAUGGGUGGGUCUUAACCUGUUUGAGGGUACAGUUUGUGACAACAAGAAAGCUGGAGUCCUAGAACCUGCUAUUUCCAAGAUCAAGUCACUGAAGUUUGCAACAGAAGCUGCCAUUACUAUUCUUCGUAUAGAUGAUUUGAUCAAGCUCAAUCCAGAGAAGAAACGUGAUAGACCCAUGGAUUAAAUGUAUAACUAGACUUCAAAAAUAUUGUACUAAAAGUCUAAAUUUGCCAUUAAAGCUAUUAUUAUACCUUUUAAGUACAUUCAGUGAUUAAUGUAAUAAUUAUCCAUCUUAUAUUUCAACAAAUAAAGGUUCUGUCAGAGAGAUCUUACAAAUUCUU